UUGCAAAAAACAAGGCCACGGUUUGAUUGGAUCGUCGAUGGCGUAACGUGUCGGGUUCUCAAUUGGCCGAAUUCGUCCUCGGAGAACCUCCCUGGAACAAAACUAAUCCAGGAGAGAGAGAGAGAGAGAGAGAAAGAGAGAAUGAUCACGAGCGGUAUCGAGGACGAAGACAAAUGGCUCGCCGAAGGCAUCGCAGGAAUUCAACAACACGCUUUUUAUAUGCAUCGCGCACUGGACGCGAACAAUCUUAGGGAAGCCCUGAAGUACUCGGCUCAAUUGUUGUCGGAGCUCCGAACAUCCAGACUCUCUCCCCACAAAUACUUCGAACUAUAUAUGCGAGCUUUCGAUGAAUUGAGAAAGCUCGAGAUGUUCUUUAAAGAGCAAGAUAGGCACGGUUGUUCGGUAGCCGACCUUUACGAACUCGUUCAACAUGCGGGGAAUAUUUUACCUAGACUGUAUCUCCUUUGCACAGUAGGAUCUGUGUACAUUAAGUCGAAGGAUGCCCCUGCUAAGGAUGUGCUGAAAGACCUUGUUGAAAUGUGUCGCGGCGUUCAGCAUCCUAUCCGUGGGCUCUUUUUGAGGAGUUAUCUUGCUCAAGUCAGUAGAGAUAAGUUACCUGAUAUAGUUUCCGAGUGUGAAGGAGAUGCUGACACCAUCAUGGAUGCUGUAGAAUUUGUGCUGCAAAACUUCAUAGAGAUGAAUAAACUUUGGGUUCGGAUGCAGCUUCAGGGACCAGUCCGGGUAAUAGAGAAACGGAACAAGGAGAGGAAUGAGCUUCGUGAUCUGGUUGGGAAGAAUUUGCACGUCCUGAGUCAGAUUGAGGGUAUUGACCUUGAAAUGUACAAAGAUACUGUCCUUCCCAGAAUUUUGGAGCAGGUUGUCAAUUGUAAAGAUGAGCUUGCGCAGUAUUAUUUAAUGGACUGCAUAAUUCAGGUCUUUCCAGAUGAGUACCACUUGCAAACUCUUGAAACGUUGUUGGGUGCUUGCCCUCAACUCCAGCCGACGGUUGACAUCAAGACAGUGUUAUCACUACUGAUGGAGAGACUAUCCAACUAUGCAGCUUCAAGUCCAGAACUGUUACCAGAAUUUUUGCAAGUGGAAGCUUUUGCUAAGUUAAGCAAUGCCAUUGGGAAGGUGAUAGAAGCACAGGUUGACAUGCCUGUUGUUGGUGCCAUUACUUUGUAUGUCUCUCUUCUUACCUUCACUCUCCGUGUUCAUCCUGAUCGGCUUGAUUAUGUGGAUCAAGUACUGGGAGCGUGUGUUAAGAAACUUUCUGGAAAAGCAAAACUUGAAGAUACUAAAGCAACAAAACAAGUUGUUGCACUUUUGAGUGCUCCGUUGGAAAAGUACAAUGAUAUUGUAACUGCCCUGACGCUUUCUAAUUAUCCCCGUGUGAUGGACCACCUUGAUGAUGGAACAAACAAAGUCAUGGCAAUGGUUAUAAUUCAAAGCAUCAUGACGAAUAACACUUGCAUUUCGACUGCUGAUAAGGUUGAGGUAUUGUUUGAAUUGAUAAAAGGGCUUAUCAAGGAUCUAGACGGAACUCCAGUGGAUGAGCUUGAUGAGGAGGAUUUCAAAGAGGAGCAAAAUUCUGUAGCUCGCCUUAUACACAUGUUGUAUAAUGAUGACCCCGAGGAGAUGUUAAAGAUUAUAUGUACUGUGAGGAAACAUAUUAUGACUGGAGGUCCAAAACGCCUUCCUUUCACAGUCCCCCCUCUUGUUUUUUCUGCACUUAAGUUGAUCAGGCGACUGCAAGGUCAAGAUGGAGAAGUAGAUGGAGAAGAAGUUCCUGCAACACCAAAGAAAAUUUUCCAGCUCUUAAAUCAGACCGUUGAGGCGCUUUCAUAUGCUCAAUCACCUGAACUGGCAUUACGGCUAUACUUGCAAUGUGCAGAGGCUGCCAAUGACAGUGAUCUCGAACCGGUUGCUUAUGAAUGUUUCACUCAAGCAUUUCUAUUAUAUGAAGAAGAAGUUGCGGAUUCAAAAGCCCAGGUGACUGCAAUUCACCUUAUAAUUGGGACUCUACAGAGAAUGAAUGUAUUUGGUGUUGAGAAUAGGGAUACCUUAACACAUAAGGCCACGGGGUAUUCAGCAAAGCUUUUGAAGAAGCCUGAUCAAUGCAGAGCAGUUUAUGCAUGUUCGCAUCUCUUUUGGGUGGAUGACCAAGAUGGAAUUAAGGAUGGGGAAAGGGUCUUGCUUUGCUUAAAGCGUUCACUAAGGAUUGCAAAUGCUGCACAACAAAUGGCCAAUGUUGCACGGGGUAGCAGUGGACCGAUUACACUGUUUGUUGAAAUACUGAACAAGUACCUCUAUUUUUUUGAGAAGGGAAAUCCGCAGAUAACUGGUGCUGCAAUUCUGGGGCUAAUAGAACUAAUAAAAAAUAUGCAAAGCGACACAACAACCCCAGAUCGAGCUUCAGAUGCUUUCUUUGCAAGUGCAUUGCGCUACAUUCAGUUUCAGAAAGAGAAAGGCGGCGCAAUGGGUGAAUUGUAUAAUAGCAUUAACGUGUGAUGCUGUUUAGUGUGGGAAUGGGCAUAGUACAGGUUUCCAGGGGUGGAGUGGAGGUGGCAUUUGUGAUGAACGAACAAUGAAAUGGGAUCUGAAUGGCUUUGAUUUUUUCGUCCCCGCUCCAAGUGAUGAGUUGAUGUGGUGCUUUUAGGGUCUGAUUGCUUCAAGUGAUGAGUUGAUGUGGUGCUUUUAGGGUCUGAUUGCUUCGCUUUAGCUGUGCAUCCCCGCCCCCAUUGUAUUUUUGUUUUCUUGUAAAAACCUUGGUCAUUUGUGAAACGGUUCAAUUUGUGUAACGGUUCAAUUGUUGGUUAAAAAUUCUUGAGUCAUUUGUUUGUUAAAAGGAUGCUCUAGUUUGAUCGGGCGAACCAAUGACGCUCCAUAAGCUAGUUGUGAUUGUACAUUGAAUACAACUUUCAUGUUGAAUA